UGCUGGGCCUCGGUUAUGCUAACCAAUGGGAAAGAACAGGUGAUCAAGUCCUGUGUCUCUCUCCCAGAGUUGAAUGCUCAAGUCUUCUGUCAUAGUUCCAACAAUGUUACCAAAACUGAAUGCUGCUUCACAGAUUUUUGCAACAACAUAACACUGCACCUUCCAAAAGCAUCUCCAAAUGCCCCAAAACUCGGACCCAUGGAGCUGACCGUUGUUAUUACUGUGCCAGUUUGCCUCCUGUCCAUGGCAGCGGCGCUGAUGAUAUGGGCGUGCCAAGGUCGCCAGUGCACAGACAGGAAGAAAAAGAGACAGAAUGUGGAGGAACCCCUCUCUGAGUGCAAUCUGGUAAAUGCUGGAAAAACUCUAAAAGAUCUGAUAUACGAUGUGACGGCCUCUGGCUCUGGCUCUGGUCUACCUCUGUUGGUUCAAAGAACAAUCGCAAGGACGAUCGUACUUCAGGAGAUAGUAGGAAAAGGUAGAUUUGGUGAGGUCUGGCACGGAAGAUGGUGUGGGGAAGAUGUGGCUGUAAAAAUAUUCUCCUCCAGAGAUGAAAGAUCUUGGUUUCGUGAGGCAGAAAUUUACCAAACGGUUAUGCUGAGACAUGAGAACAUACUUGGUUUCAUAGCUGCUGACAACAAAGAUAAUGGAACUUGGACUCAACUUUGGCUUGUCUCUGAAUACCAUGAACUGGGCUCCUUAUAUGACUAUUUGAAUAGAAAUGUAGUAACAGUGGCUGGCAUGAUAAAACUGGCACUUUCCAUAGCGAGUGGUCUGGCCCACUUACAUAUGGAGAUUGUUGGUACACAAGGUAAACCUGCGAUUGCUCAUCGAGAUAUAAAAUCAAAGAAUAUCUUAGUGAAAAAGUGUGAAACAUGUGCCAUAGCAGACUUAGGGUUGGCUGUGAAGCAUGAUUCAGUACUGAACACUAUUGACAUACCUCAGAAUCCUAAAGUAGGAACCAAAAGGUAUAUGGCUCCUGAAAUGCUUGAUGAUACUAUGAAUGUGAAUAUCUUCGAGUCCUUCAAACGAGCUGACAUCUAUUCUGUUGGUCUGGUUUAUUGGGAAAUAGCCCGAAGGUGUUCAGUUGGAGGAAUUGUUGAGGAGUACCAGUUGCCUUAUUAUGACAUGGUGCCUUCAGAUCCAUCAAUAGAGGAAAUGAGGAAGGUUGUUUGUGACCAGAAGUUUCGACCAAAUAUCCCCAACCAGUGGCAAAGCUGUGAAGCACUCCGAGUCAUGGGGAGAAUAAUGCGUGAGUGUUGGUAUGCCAAUGGGGCAGCCCGCCUGACCGCCCUUCGUAUUAAGAAGACUAUUUCUCAACUUUGUGUGAAAGAAGACUGCAAAGCCUAA